UGAACAGUACAGCUCUGCUUCCUCCAUUUUUAUACUGCUUCUUUGAAUCAAUGCUGUCACUAUCCACGUGAUCAUUGUCCAUGAUUCUUCUUCUUCAUGCAUAAGCAAUCCAAUCCAAUCCCCAUUUGCCCUGCUCAGCAACGUGUUUGAUUCCUUGCCGCAUCGAAGCGGUUGUUGUCUUUUUUCGUACUCUUGGAGAUUCCUCACUUCUUUUCUUUGACUGCUACAGGUUCUUGUCUUUGCAUGCCUUUCAAUUUCCACAAAUUGGAUAGACAGAGAUAGUGUGCGAGAGGGUCGGGCGACAAUUUGGAUUGGAGCUGUACUGUGGAGUUGCCCAAGUGGAUGAUAUAAUCUCGUACGGGUGAUCAACAUUGGGGAAACUAUUGUUUUUAAGAACCUAGAUGGAAGUCAUGGAUGUCACGGUGAGAAUCUGACCUGUCAUGGAAGAUAUCCAAGGGCUUGCUGAGAAUGUGCUCUCAAAUGGAGAUGUAUAUAUUGGCAGUUUCAAAGAUAGUUUGCCUCAUGGUAAGGGGAAGUACAUGUGGUUUGAAGGAACAAUUUAUGAUGGUGAUUGGGAAGAUGGAAAAAUGACAGGUAAGGGAAAGAUUACGUGGCCAUCGGGAGCAAGAUAUGAGGGUGAUAUCUCAGGUGGUUAUCUUCAUGGUUUUGGCACCUUCUACUAUUCUGAUGGGUCUAUCUAUAAUGGAGCUUGGAGAAUGAAUAUUCACCAUGGGAUUGGACGAAAGCUAUAUGCUAAUUUAGACAUUUAUGAUGGUUCUUGGAAAGAAGGGAUACCUGAAGGUUGUGGUAGAUACUUCUGGAGUUCUGGAAAUUCUUAUAUUGGGAACUGGAAAGGUGGGCAGAUGUGUGGUAAAGGGAUAAUGAAAUGGGUAAAUGGUGAUCAUUUCAUUGGCUUUUGGUUGAAUGGUUUUCGACAUGGAUCUGGAGUCUAUCAUUUUGCUGAUGGUGCAUAUUACUUUGGAUCAUGGAGUAAGGGCCUCAAGGAUGGAAAAGGGACAUUUUAUCCAGCUGGUAGCAAACCACCAUCUCUGGAGAAGUGGGAUAACUUUAUUGGUUAUGAUCUUGAUGGAAAAGGUUUUGUAUCUCGUACUCUCUCACUAAAUUUAGAGAAAGAAAAGCCUCCAAAGCAUGGUCUUAAGCACAGUUUUUCAGAGAAGAUUUCUGUCACUGGAAUUUCAAGUGCUGGAGGACUAUCAAAUUGGCCUACAUCGAUGGAAGUAAAUUGGGGCAGUGAUCCUGCUCGAGAAGCAUCAGCCGUUGGAGAUUCUUGUGUGAUGUCCCAUGCUUCUAAAUCUGUUCAAGGUCAAAAUAAUGUACCAUAUAAUCAUAGAAUGGUUUAUGAAAGGGAGUAUAUUCAAGGAGUUUUGAUACAAGAGAGGCUUAAGGAAUAUGAAGAACUAUUAGAUAGGAGUAAGGAACGAAAGAAAACUACUGUGAAAGAAGCAGCGAGGGUGUCAUGUGUUAACUUCUUCGAAAGUCAUCGGAGCUACUAUUUAAUGCUUAAUUUACAACUUGGUAUAAGGUAUACUGUUGGUAAGAUUACGCCAGUUCCUAUGCGUGAAGUUCGAGCAUCUGAUUUUGGAAAACGGGCUAGAAUAGUGAUGUACUUUCCUAGAAAGGGCUCUCAGUUUACACCUCCACACUAUUCUGUCAACUUCCAUUGGAAAGACUAUUGUCCUAUGGUCUUCAGGAAUUUGAGAGAGAUGUUCAAACUAGAUGCAGCGGAGUAUAUGAUGUCCAUAUGUGGCGAUGAUGGCCUAAGAGAACUCUCAUCGCCUGGGAAAAGUGGAAGUAUCUUUUACCUUUCUCAAGAUGAUAGAUUUGUGAUCAAGACUCUGAAGAAAUCUGAGUUGAAGGUUCUGCUCAAAAUGCUUCCUAAAUAUUAUGAUCAUGUAAAAGCACAUGAAAAUACUCUCAUAACAAAAUUUUUUGGUCUCCAUCGUAUAACAAUUCAUGGUAGGAGUAAGGUACGAUUUGUAGUCAUGGGAAACAUGUUCUGCACAGAAUUAAAAAUUCAUCGUCGUUAUGAUCUAAAGGGCUCAACUAUCGGCAGAUGUACUAAUGGAGAUAAAUCCAAAGAUGGUAUAACAUUGAAGGAUCUCGACUUGUCAUAUGAAUUCCAUAUGGAUAAAUUAUUGCGACAAUCCCUUUUCAAACAAAUUUAUCUCGAUUGCAUGUUUUUGGAGUCUCUGCACAUAAUUGAUUAUAGCCUACUGCUAGGAGUGCAUUUUCGAGCUCCUGAGAAACUAAAGGCUUUGUUGGAACCUCCUGCUACAGUUCAACAUCCUGAAAAUUUACUCCAUGAUGAUGGUGAAUCUUCAGAAAGUGAGCCAACAAUUCCUCCAAAGGGCCUAAUACUCGUAACACAUGAACCUAGCUUCGUAACCACUGCUCCAGGUCCUCACAUCAGAGGAAGACCAUUGAAGGCAUACUCAUUAGGUGACAGAGAAGUUGAUGUAUUACUGCCCGGUACAGCAAGAUUUCGUGUGCAGUUGGGAGUAAAUAUGCCUGCCCAUGCUAGUCAAAAACUUCGAGAGGCUCGGUCAGAGUCUGCUGAAGUAGAACUUUUUGAGUUUUACGAUGUAGUUCUUUACAUGGGCAUUAUAGAUAUACUGCAGGAGUACAAUGUGAUGAAGAAGCUAGAGCAUGCGUACAAGUCCUUCAGGUUCGACCCUGUUUCGAUAUCAGUCGUGGAACCUCAUUUGUAUGCAACAAGAUUCAUAAGUUUCUUGGAGAAGGUCUUUCAUGAGUUACCAUGAAAAUAUAAGCAAACAGCUUUCAGCUGUGUGCUCUCUCUCCUUUGUUUUGGUUGUGCUCAUUGUUUUUUCGAGUUAGAUGAUAUUAAAUUUUCAAUAAAGUGCGACAUGAUCAUGCCACAGUCAUUCAUUGUAAAGUUAUACAAAUGCUUGUUAAAUAAAUUGGCUACUGAGAAAAUUCUGUAUAUUUGUUUGAAUAUAAAAUCAUCUCAUUCUUUAGCA